AUGGCGACCACGCCAGCCAGUGUCCGGGUCUCGGGCCCUCCAAACAGGAGCUUUCUCGUGGGAUAUCCGGGCAUCUCCGCGACUCUGCCACGGAUCGAGGGCAAGGUUGAGAUUCGACCGGGCCAUGGCUACUCCAUGCCCGUGCCGGUGUCUUUAGUACGGAUAAGCCUGCAGAAGCGCGAAACCAUCCACCCCGACGCCGAUAGCCUCACCAAGCGACAUCUCGGCGCCCCCCGAAAAGAGACGACAGAUGUCGUCGGCAAGGAGGUGCUGCUAUUUAGAUGCUCAUCGGGCAAGGACGCCGAGAACGUCAUCUCCAUGGACCUACCCUUUGUCAUCUUCAUCCCCUUCGGCAGGGGCGGAGAAGAGACCAACCGAAGAAUACCGCCGGCGUCCCUGCAGCUCCCUAGUAGGAUCGCUGAGACGUACUACGAGCUCGUGGUGACAGUCCAGCAAGGCCACAGCAACCAAUACAGAUACAGCUUUCCGCUCCCUCUCCUCCGAUACGACACUCUGUCCACCUUUGGCAUGUACAACAAGCCUGAAACGAAGAUGAUUGCGAGCGACAACCUCGUCAACCUCGGCAUCAACCUACCGCGCUGGAGCUACGGCCCCAACGAUCCCAUUACCGUAUACAUCAAGAUAUCUCCCAACCCCGACUGGUGGAAAAAGGCCCAGAAGGUCACCAUAGACAAGAUCACGCUGGGCAUAGAGGAGGAAAUAACGUUCAACCCGGAGGGCGACGAACCGACCAAAAAGGUCAACAAGCUAGCGAAGCAAGUCCAGGUUGUCAAGACAAAGUUACCGGAGGCUGGAUACGCAACCAAUAUUGGCCUGGUUUUCCCCUCGAAAGAUCUGAGAGACCCCGACGGCAUCAUCAGGAGGGGCAAACCGGCCUUUCCCCAGUACGAAGUUGUCUCAUUUACCACCUCAUCAACCCUUUACAAGAUUGAGUUUUAUCUCAACAUCAAGGUACAACUGAGUGGUGCCAGAGACCUCCAAAUACGACAACCCAUCGUGAUAUGCCCGCUGGAUCAGCAAGGCUGCAAGGAGGAAAUGGACGCCAUCGAAAUCGCCGCCAGAGAGGCCUCGCAUGUCGACCCGAACAACCCCAUGCUUCCCGCCCACUCAAUCGUCCUAGCCAACGAUCGAGAUUCGUUACGAGCUUUGGGCCUGUGUAUGGUUGGUGGCCAGAAGAAGCCAUUUAUCGAGUGA